AUGUAUCUUAUCUGUAAGCUACUCUACAUAGCCAUCUUUGCUGUACUCUCUGCAGCUCAACCGUAUCUACCAAUAUACUAUCAUGAUACCCUCAACUUUUCCUCUGAUCAAAUCGGCCUAGUCUUGGCGAUUGCUCCAUUUAUUCAAUCUAUCUCUUGUCCUCUUUGGACAUAUAUCGUUGACAAAAAGCCUGCUCUUCACGGACUUAUCAUGGCUCUUACUGCCUUUUUGGGUGGUGCAGCCAUCAUGGCCAUUAUGUUCAUCGGUCAAUCCUCUGGCACGUUAUUUGGUAUUGAGCUAUCCAACACACUCUUGGUCGUCGUCGUCUCUUCGUUGGCUUUAGGAUUUGCUUUUUUCACUUUACCCAAUAUGGCUCUUGUGGACAGUGCUGUCAUGAAAAUAUUGGGCCCCAACAAAAUUUUAUAUGGCGAGCAACGUUUAUGGGGUUCUGUUUCGGCUGCAUUGACUAUUCUUGUUGUAGGACAAUUGAUAUCUUAUACCGGUAAUCUUGAUACUAUCUUUUAUGUUUAUGCUUCGUCUACCCUGGUCUUUAUUCUCUUGGCCUUCUUUGCUAAACCAAAUCAAUAUGAACACCUCCCAGCAAAUGAAGAAGAGCAGCAACCGAUCCAACGUGUAAAGACGGCUGAAAAGUUAUUCAACAAUCGCGAAAAUUACAACAGUAUCUCAGACCAACACAGAAACUCUGUGGCAGGAGAUAGUCAUUUUGUUGAUCUGUUCAAGACCAACAGCUUGGCAUCUGUACAUACCGUUCGAGAAGAAGCUGAUGAAGCUCUUGAUAUUGUCGGUGUUGACCUGGGGUUAGCCAUCUCACGUAUUGCUUCCGUAGAUCAGUCUUUGGCGAGCAUUUUGGAACAUAGUCCCGAAGAGAUUCCUUCAGCUCAGAUAUUUACUUCACCUCGUAUCUUGACCUUCUUGAUCACUACGCUCUUAUUUGGAUUUGUUUUAUCCAUCAUCAUCAACUUCUUGUUCCUUUUCUUGAGCGGCGAGCUCCAUAUGCCUGCAAGUUGGAUCGGCUGGACUGGACCUACGACAGGCAUAACUGAGUUACUCUGCUUUUGCUUUUCUAAACAGUUACAGGAAAGAUUUGGUGUAACAAAGAUGAUUGUAGCUGCACACAUUGUAACCAUUGUGCGAUGUUUGGCGUACACAGUACUUGUGCCUGACUCAUUUAUUACCAACGUCAUUGCUCUUUCACUUCAAACCCUCCAUGGUAUUGGCUUUGGUAUCUUUUGGGCUACCUCUGUUAGCGAAAUGGAUAGUUUCUUCCCACCCGAACAACGAUCAGUUGCACAAGGCAUUCUAGGUGCUCUCCAUUUUGGGCUCGGCACAGGAUUAGGUGCGCUUGUAGGAGGUUAUUUAUAUCAAUAUUUGGGGUCUGCUUGGAUGUUCCGUAUUGCUGCUGUCGUCUGCGCAGCCAACAUGUUUAUCUUUUACAUUGGAAGGCUGGAAAGAUACAACCGUUAA